UUUUUUUCUUCAGUUUUUGACACUUUUCAUGGCAGAAAUCGUGGCACUGGCAAAGCCGGCGCCAAUUUCAAUCUCAUAUCAUAUGAACUCUCUCAGCCAGCCAAGGGGAUAAGAUUGGUACUUGGUAGAGCAGCCAAACACUUCCUUCCUUCGCUCUAUCCUUCCGCUCUUUGCCUUUCUGCUCACUCCAUCUUCUCCCUUCAACUCGGCCAGCAGGAAGGCAGCUCGGAGUUAGAGCGAGAGGCAGAACAAUCAAACGAACCCUAAUCACCGAAAAUGGCUAUUGCCCUCCAAGCUUCUCUUCUCUGCCGACCUUCCUCCUCCCUCAAACACCCUUUUCCGCAUUCCCCACCUCGCCAUUCUCCAUCUACUUCUACUUCUGGCCCCAAUUUCUCCACUUUCCUUAUCCCUUCUCGAUUCCCCUUGCGCACUUCCCGCCGUUUCUGCACAUUGCAUCCCGAUAACCCAAAUUUCGUCUCUGCUUGUUCUCCUUCCUCGUCUUUCCCUCCUCCUUCGGAUUCGGUAUUGGACCCGGCUUCGUCCGCUUCCGGGUUAUCCAAGCCCCACGACAACCCGUCCACUCCCCAAUUAGCCUCCGACCCGCAGAGCGCCGGCGACGCGGAGUUCAGGGCUGAGAAUUCAUCCUCUGGCGAUGACGAGGCGGCGGCGGCGGAGGAUGGGGAAGGAGAGAAGGCGAAGGGCGGGAAAAGCAAGUUGCCCCUGGUGGUUUUCCUUAUGGGUAUAUGGGCUGCUCUCCGGACACGGGUUGAUUACCUCCUGGCUUCUGAUUGGCUUAGCUGGUUCCCGUUUUGGCGGCAGGAGAAGCGGCUGGAACGCCUCAUUGCCGAAGCUGAUGCUGAUCCCAAAGACCCUGUCAAGCAAACUGCUCUGUUGGCCGAGCUCAACAAGCACAGUCCUGAGUCUGUGAUCAAGAGGUUUGAACAAAGAGACCAUGCUGUAGACAGUAGGGGAGUGGCAGAGUAUCUCAGAGCACUUGUGGUUACUAAUGCGAUUGCUGAUUUCCUUCCUGAUGAGCAGUCUGGGAAGCCUUCCAGUCUUCCUGCAUUGCUUCAAGAAUUAAAGCAGCGGGUGGCUGGGAAUACUGAUGAGCCUUUUGUUAACCCUGGCAUGUCCGAGAAGCAACCAUUGCAUGUGUUGAUGGUUGAUCGUAAAGUGUCCCAUAAGUCGCGGUUUGCGCAAGAGCUUAUCUCCACUAUUUUGUUCACUGUGGCAGUUGGACUCAUCUGGUUAAUGGGUGCAGCAGCUCUCCAGAAAUAUAUAGGGGGCCUGGGAGGAAUCGGGGCUUCGGGAAUGGGCUCAAGUUCAUCAUAUUCACCAAAGGAACUUAAUAAAGAAUUCAUGCCCGAGAAAGUAAGCCUUAAAAACACCAUGAUUAGGAAAUUAGAAAAUAGCUAUUAGAAUAUAUGGCUCCUAAUCAGUCAGCAGAUGGAACUAGAAUAUGUAAGUUAUGUCUCUCGGCUGUAAUAAGUUGUGGCCCAGGCUAUUGUUUCCAGUUUUCCUGUGGAUAUGCAAAUUCUCUGAGUGUCAUUUGUGAUAAGCAGCCCUGUUGUCUCUUAACAUCUUGUCUUUGUUUUUUCAGAAUGUUAAAACAUUCAAGGAUGUCAAAGGUUGUGAUGAUGCCAAACAAGAGCUCGAGGAAGUGGUCGAGUACCUCAAGAACCCUUCCAAGUUUACUCGGCUGGGUGGAAAGUUGCCAAAGGGAAUUCUUUUGACUGGAGCACCAGGCACUGGAAAAACUUUGCUUGCAAAGGCUAUUGCCGGAGAAGCUGGAGUACCUUUCUUUUAUAGAGCAGGAUCAGAGUUUGAGGAAAUGUUUGUUGGUGUUGGUGCCAAGCGUGUAAGAUCCCUGUUCCAAGCAGCUAAGAAGAAGGCUCCUUGUAUCAUCUUUAUUGAUGAAAUUGAUGCUGUCGGUUCAACUAGAAAACAAUGGGAAGGCCAUACAAAGAAGACUUUACAUCAGUUACUUGUUGAAAUGGAUGGUUUUGAACAGAAUGAGGGAAUAAUAUUAAUGGCUGCAACAAACUUGCCUGAUAUUCUUGAUCCAGCAUUGACCAGACCUGGUAGAUUUGAUAGACAUAUUGUGGUUCCAAAUCCAGAUGUAAGAGGACGUCAAGAGAUAUUAGAGCUCUAUCUCAAAGAUAAACCUAUUUCUGAUGAUGUGGAUGUUAAAGCCAUUGCUCGGGGGACACCAGGUUUCAAUGGAGCUGAUCUGGCAAACUUGGUGAAUAUUGCUGCCAUUAAAGCGGCAGUGGAAGGGGCAGAUAAAUUGAAUGGUGUACAGCUGGAGUUUGCUAAAGACAGGAUCGUCAUGGGAACCGAGCGCAAGACAAUGUUCAUAUCAGAAGACUCGAAGAAGUUGACUGCAUAUCAUGAGAGUGGACAUGCCAUCGUAGCUUUGAACACCGAAGGUGCACAUCCAAUUCACAAGGCGACCAUAAUGCCACGUGGCUCCGCUCUGGGAAUGGUCACCCAACUUCCUUCGAAUGAUGAGACUUCAAUAAGCAAGAAGCAGUUACUAGCUCGGUUAGAUGUUUGCAUGGGAGGAAGAGUCGCGGAAGAGCUUAUCUUCGGACAGGAUCACGUCACAACAGGAGCAAGUAGUGAUCUCAGCAAAGCUACAGAGCUCGCUCAAUAUAUGGUAUCAAGCUGUGGAAUGAGUGACGUAAUUGGACCAGUCCAUCUCAAGGAACGACCCAGUUCGGAAAUGCAAUCACGGAUUGAUGCUGAAGUUGUGAAACUUCUGAGAGAAGCAUACGAUCGCGUGAAGGCUCUGUUGAAGAAGCAUGAGAAGGCGUUGCAUGCACUGGCAAAUGCACUUCUAGAGUACGAGACACUGACAUCGGAAGAAAUAAAGAGGAUACUGAUGCCGUAUAGGGAAGGGAAGCUGCCAGAGCCUCAAGAGGAAGAACAAGAACAAGGUGACCUUGUGCUGGCUUGACCGUUUCUCUAGAAGGAAGAUGAUCCCAGGUAUUUUUCACUGGAUCCUCAGCAACAGCAAGGGAAAAAAGAAGGGGAGGAGCUCUCUGUACAGAAUACAGGCGCUUAAUUGUAUAAUUCGAUUUUUUCGGGCCUCCACAUGUUCCUCCCAUGAUGCACUUUCAGACACAUGUAAUGGGAAGCUUCUUCAUACGCUGGCAGGCAGCCUUCGUCGUAGCCGAGCUACCCUAUCCGCCGGUGACUCGGGAAGCAUGUAACAUUACUGGUCAAGUAGUGUCAUAGAAAUGUUGUAAAUUCAACAGAGGAAGGAGUCUCGUCCCCCCUUUACUUUCACCUCCUUCAGGGUCAAAUUUUGAGCUACCUUUUUAGACGACUGUAGAUGUUUCAGGUUGCAACUUUCUAUAGCUGAAAUUAGUCUAGUUCAAUUCCGUCUCCAGCAAGACUUGAGAAGCAUUAAUAUUCAUAACUAUGCCAUCGUAUUGGUUCA